AUGGCCAACGUCUCCAAGAAGGUGUCAUGGUCGGGGCGCGACCACGAGGAGGCGGAGGCGACGGUGCCUCGGAGGCCGCCGGCGGCGCUCACGGAGCUUCACGGGGAGAGCACGCCACUGCUGAACGGGGCCGGCCCGGCGACCGCCCAGCAGCCCUCCCAUUCAGCAUUUUUCCGAAUUGGACACCUGAGCAAUGUAGAACUGGACGAUGAACUCCUUGACUCGGAGACGGAUGCACCUCAUCAUUUCCCCCGGGAGAUUCCACAUAAUGAGAAACUCUUGUCCCUGAAGUAUGAGAGUUUGGAUUAUGACAAUAGUGAAAACCAGUUGUUCCUGGAAGAAGAGAGGAGAAUAAACCACACAGCUUUCCGGACAGUAGAGAUCAAACGCUGGGUCAUCUGUGCCAUGAUUGGGAUUCUGACUGGCCUAGUUGCCUGCUUCAUUGACAUUGUAGUGGAGAACUUGGCAGGACUGAAGUACCGAGUAGUAAAAGACAAUAUUGACAGGUUUACAGAGAAGGGGGGAUUGUCUUUCUCCCUGUUACUCUGGGCAACACUGAAUUCGGCCUUUGUGAUCGUCGGCUCCGUGAUUGUUGCCUUUAUAGAGCCUGUUGCUGCUGGCAGUGGAAUUCCCCAGAUUAAAUGCUUCCUCAAUGGUGUGAAGAUUCCCCAUGUAGUUCGACUCAAGACAUUGGUGAUUAAAGUGUGCGGUGUGAUUUUAUCUGUGGUUGGAGGACUGGCUGUUGGAAAGGAAGGACCAAUGAUUCACUCUGGAGCUGUUAUAGCAGCUGGUAUUUCUCAAGGAAGAUCAACCUCAUUGAAGAAAGACUUUAAGAUCUUUGAAUAUUUCCGAAGAGAUACAGAAAAGCGAGACUUUGUCUCAGCUGGUGCAGCAGCUGGUGUCUCAGCUGCUUUUGGGGCCCCUGUAGGUGGAGUCCUGUUCAGUUUGGAAGAAGGUGCUUCCUUCUGGAAUCAGUUCCUGACAUGGAGAAUUUUCUUUGCCUCCAUGAUUUCUACAUUCACUUUGAAUUUUGUUCUAAGUAUUUACCAUGGAAACAUAUGGGAUCUCUCUAGCCCUGGUCUCAUCAAUUUUGGAAGAUUUGACAACGAGAAAAUGGUAUACACAAUCCAUGAGAUCCCCAUCUUUAUUGCCAUGGGUGUGGUGGGUGGGAUUCUUGGAGCAGUGUUCAAUGCCUUGAAUUAUUGGCUGACAAUGUUUCGAAUCAGGUACAUACACCGCCCUUGCCUCCAGGUGAUUGAAGCCAUGCUUGUGGCUGCAGUCACUGCCACAGUUGCAUUUGUAUUGAUUUAUUCAUCUCGGGAUUGCCAGCCACUUCAGGGGAAUUCCAUGUCUUACCCACUUCAGCUGUUCUGUGCAGAUGGAGAAUAUAAUUCAAUGGCUGCAGCCUUCUUCAAUACCCCAGAGAAAAGUGUUGUCAGUCUUUUUCAUGACCCCCCAGGUUCCUACAAUCCCAUGACCCUAGGAUUGUUCACUCUGGUCUAUUUCCUGCUGGCUUGUUGGACCUAUGGGCUCACUGUGUCUGCUGGAGUAUUCAUUCCAUCCCUUCUCAUUGGUGCUGCCUGGGGAAGACUCUUUGGCAUAUCACUGUCCUACCUUACCAGUGCUGCAAUAUGGGCCGACCCUGGCAAGUAUGCACUGAUGGGAGCUGCUGCCCAGCUUGGGGGCAUUGUGAGAAUGACUCUAAGCCUGACAGUCAUCAUGAUGGAGGCUACGAGCAAUGUGACUUAUGGUUUCCCCAUCAUGUUGGUUUUGAUGACAGCCAAAAUUGUUGGAGACUUCUUUAUUGAGGGCCUUUAUGAUAUGCACAUUCAGCUGCAGAGUGUCCCCUUCCUCCACUGGGAAGCUCCGGUUACUUCACACUCACUCACUGCCAGAGAAGUGAUGAGUACACCAGUUACCUGUCUACGAAGAAAAGAGAAAGUUGGAGUUAUAGUGGAUGUCCUCAGUGACACAUCCUCAAAUCACAAUGGCUUCCCAGUGGUGGAGUACUCCGAUGAUGCCCAGCCAGCAAGAUUACAAGGCUUGAUCCUGCGCUCCCAGUUGAUUGUUCUCUUGAAACAUAAGGUGUUUGUGGAGAGAGCCAGUCUAAACCUGGUCCAAAGGAGACUGAAACUGAAGGACUUUCGAGACGCCUAUCCCCGAUUCCCACCCAUCCAGUCAAUUCAUGUGUCUCAGGAUGAACGGGAAUGCAUGAUGGACCUCACUGAGUUCAUGAACCCCUCCCCAUACACAGUGCCUCAGGAGGCAUCACUUCCAAGGGUAUUCAAGCUGUUCCGAGCUCUAGGACUCAGACAUUUGGUGGUGGUAGAUAAUCAUAAUCAGGUGGUUGGGAUGGUGACAAGAAAAGACCUUGCAAGAUACAGAUUAGGAAAAGGAGGGUUGGAAGAGCUUUCCUUGGCUCAGACGUGAGGGGUUUGGCAUCAACAACUCUCCGCAGGGCAAGUGUUAGUGACCACUGGAAACCCUCUGCCUCCUCAUGUUCUUUAGCACUCUCAUCUGAGGCCUUGUUUCUCUGGAGGCCCUGGAAGUGAAAAGACCUCCCUGACUUCCAAGCUGCCUCCUCAAGUGCAAACCUGGCUGCUCCAGUUCAACACACUGCCCAGGAAUCUCUCUGGGGAUUUCCUGAAAGAGUCCUGAGGCUGCGGUAGAUGCUUCACGUUCUUCUCUUCUCCCCUGUACGUUCCCCACAACCAGCCUGUGCCUCCCCCAUCUCAGAGCACAUGACAAGGUGCCUGGUUGCCCUGUCUCCAGAGCUGUGGUUGGUUUGGAUUGGGUCAGGGGAAAUGGAAAAGUGACCUUAGGACAAGCAGCGCCACACAAAGUGAAAUGUUUUUCCUGGAGCUGGGCUUAUGAAAAACCUCACCUGCUCUCCAAAGGACAGCUCGAGGUGUUAUGACCACCAGUGAAAUCCCCUCCCUCUUGGCUCCUAGUCGGCCCAAGGGGACCUUGAAUCUGUUCUCUCCCUCUUCUAAGGGCAGCCUUGAGAGCCCAACAAGUCUGGUUGGACCUGGGGAACAUUGGAGUUAGAGCCCAUCCUUCCCAAAGUGACUUCUGACUGUUAGCAGCCUGAGCUUCCUGAGCAAUGCAAGAUGGAUGGUCAUCUGCUGUUCCCACCAAUGUCUGCUGCUCCAUAGCCACCAUGUUUGUUCCUCUGGUCUGAGACCUGCUGUCCUUGUACCAUCUGACUCCUCUGGUCAGUGAGCACAAGAAUCAAAGAAUCAUUGCUGUGGAGUCAUGGGGUCUGGAAGCUCCUUCUCAUUGCUGUUCACAGCAUCUCCUGUCAUCCCAUGUCAUUGGUUGUGGCAUUGCUUCCCCCUCCCUGAACCUCAUUCCCCCACUUUCCCAGCUAUAGAAGUUUGAGUCUUCAAAAGGUUGGCCCUCAGCCAGAAGCCUCCAUUUUAAGCACAGUUUUUUAGGGGUUUGGUACACACUGGAUUUGUCUCAGUGAAAGGUAAUUGUAUGAUAAAGCCUUCGAGUAUUAACACAUGAUUCCCCUUAAUGUACUCAUACUUGUUUCCCCCAUCUAUUAGAGCAAAGCAUAAUUUCUUCUGCCUAUGCUUGCUGGGAGUUAUACUGAGCUUUUAAUAGCCCUCAUUGGGUAACCUUCAUUGGCUUCCCUUGGAUCCUCUUAGUCACUAUGCAUGCUGGGCCCUUGACGGUACUGUAGGGUAUGUGGCUGGUGGCUCAUUGUCAGGCAACAGCACUGUAAUGUUUUUUAAUAAUUGCCAGGGACCCCUGGGGGAUUCUUAAAAGUAUCUGGUUAGUAAUUCCUUCAUUAAUAGAUAAACACCAGUUUUGCCCAUGACAUCUUGGGUAGUGUGCUGUUUCUGCAGCACCGGGUGCUUUUUGUCUGCCCUCUAACCACUGUCUGAUGGCCUUGGUGCAUAUUCUUGCCACCUUGGUCCAGGCCUGGCUGGCAGCCUCUCUCUGGCCCUCCCCACUGCCAUAGCCUCCCAGGCUGACUCUUUCCCAGAUUCACUCUCCUGUGUGUUGCUGUUUUUCUAUACUCUGGGAAUGAGACCUGCUUUGAUGAAGUUUGGGUUUGAGGGUUCCUUCUGUCACUGACCCUUGCAUAAAUAAGUGGGUGGUCCUUUUAUAAAUGUUUUACAUGUGCCCAUGGCCUUACUCCUGUUUGCUGUGGGAAGCAGCACACUUUGGUGUGUGAUUUUUAUAGUUUGGGCAGAUGUGACAGCUUGAUUUUAUCUGUACUGAAAGUACCAGUGGCUUUAAUGAAUGAAGAGUAGGGGACCGUGGGCUUUGCCCUUCCUUGAAAAGCAGAUCAUUGUAAACCUUGAAACCCUCACCCAGAUCAUGUGCCAAGAAGAAAAUGGGAAACCUGGAGGUGGGCAGGGGUCAGAAUAUGUGUAAACCUAAGAAAUAAAGGGAUUGAA